AUGCUGUGUGACGAAACCGCUUCGUAUUGGGAGAUUUCACGAUCAGUUCCGCAGAGGCUCCGUGGGGUCGAAAAGUCGACGCUGGGAGUCGCACUCGUCAAGCCAUCGCAGCACCACGCGGAGCGGUUUUUGGAGCCGUACGAAGACUCGAAGAGCGAUUUCGCGAUUCAUGCCGCAUGCUUCACGGCGCGCCCCGGCCUAAUAGCUGGGCCUCAUAGCGACAUGCCGGCCACGGAGCUCGUCGCGCCCAUGCCGCCAUCGGCGCCCGCUGACCAUCUGGCGUGCAGCGAGAAACCCUCUGCGAGCUGGCGCCAGCGUGUUGGUUUGGCGGCGUGCGGCGCAGCGCUGGUCUUCUUGGCGUCCAUCCACGGAAGGCCGGCGGCUUUUCGAAGCGCAGCACGACCUGCGGCGCCCGGCGCGCUGAUGCCGACCACUGCAGGGCAUGUGAGGCGGAACGGCGACCGCACAGCGCGCGCGGGUGUGGAGAACGUGAUCAACCGCCGGGCUUCGGCCCCUCGCCGGCGCAGCGCCGGCGAGGGCGUGCGCAGUUUGAAAUUGCAAGGCAACACCCGCGCUCGUGCGGACCGCACGACCAGCUUCCUGCUCGCGCCGCCCUCGCUGUGGCCCGGCGUCUCCGCCGGCGGCUGGUGCGUCAAGGCUCUCAUAGUGCCCUAA